CAUAGUGAGAAAUUUGAAAACCAUUAAUGGGGAGCAAUGAAAGAGCUAGUGGUUUCUUCCGAGUGCCUCUACACUACCCUAGGUACACUCGAAAGGACUAUGAGGACAUGCCCGAAUGGAAGCUCGAUCGGGUUUUGGCCGAAUAUGGCUUAUCAGCAAAUGGUGAUUUGUCCUACAAGAGAAAGUUUGCAAUGGGCGCCUUCCUUUGGCCUAACUUCGUUGAAACACCCAGUAAUUCUGCAGAGACGAUUACUCAACUCAACAUUAUUGAAUAUGCUCUUCUCAAGAAAAAUAUAUGAAUAGUAUCAAAUAGUAAUGUGCUUGAACUCCUAGAUGAUGAAGAAACAUACAUGUUUAUGUAAAAAUGAAUAAUCCUGAAAUCUGGAUUUUGUAUUAGUUUUAUUUUCAAUCAUGCUUUACAUAUUCAAGUUCAAUCUCCUAAGAGUUAUUAGAUUUAUCAUUUUGCCGUCGCUUUCAACCAGAAGACAUAAAUUAACCGACAAACUAGCAACAGAAAUAAUGUGUAACUGAAGAACGUUGGUAAUUCCGUCCCCUAUGCCAAUAACUAUAUAUCGAGGAGCUAACCAAAAUACACUCAUGGACAAUUUUCCAACUCUUCCUCCUGGUAUAAAUUCUUUCUGCAUUCUUAAUCUAUUUCUUUCUACUGAUCCUGCAGUUGCCAUGGAUAAAAUUGUGAUAAUGCCAAUGCCGAUUUGUUGGAGGAUUCUAGUGCCUCGCUCAUUUCCAAUUCAUCUGCUCUGAACUGGAACUAGGAUCUUUCGUAGAUAGAGACUGAAAUUAUCAUCCCAAUUGCUGUAAGAGAUGACUAGAGCCUGGUGGGAUUUCAAAGUUAUGGCCUACCUUUCGGUUCAUUGUGCUGCUUUGUUUAGUGAAGAAUGUUCAGGUUCUUGCUAUAAUAAUAAUGGUUGUGCCCCUAUAAUUUUGGGCCCUGUGUGAUCGCAUCACCUGUACAUCCUUAGGGCCGCCCCUGGCACGAAUCUUGCAUAUAUACAUGAUUACAUGCAUUUUGGAUCUAAUACAUUUGGUAUGUAUUCAUGAAUUUUCUUAAUAUAAUUUAUUUAUGAUCAA